AGGAUGUGACUGCGGCUGGCAGGGCAACUGCAUGCACUAUUACACCUCCAGUACCUCUACAAAAUUUGAUACAUAACCCUCUAAGUAAUACGACCACAUUAUUAUGAACGCGAGACGAGUUCCUCCGCAAGGAGCGCCUCCGCCUUAUGCAUUCGUGAACCGCGUCUAUGGCAAAAGUCUGCGUCCCAUUGCUCUUGCAUUUGCGGUAAUGGGGUUCAUAUGGGCUUUAACAUGGGUUGUUGCAUCUUUCAAAGAGCUACAAGUCGAUCAAAAUGGCGCCUAUCCUAAGCUUGCACCACUGUCUUUAGUCCAAGGCGUUCUCUAUUCUGUUGCUCUUGCGAUAGAAAUAUUUGGCAUUUACAGCUUAUUGAUUCAACGCGCCUGGAUGGUUAGGAUGUACGCGUUUUUGACCGGUAUUGCAGGUCUUCUUGUUGUUGCGGUCGGCUUUAUGCGUUCUAUCACUCAUUUCACCUACAAGAAUGAACUCAUAACUGAAUGCAUAAAUGUUUCGGUGAAUGGUGCAGUGGACACUGCAUUCGGGAUAUGGGGCUCUAACCCAGACCCGAUGGACCAGGCUUCGGCUACGUCUUAUUGUGAUAGCGAGUGGAGCCACGAUUCGUGGACCGAGAUCGUGUCUACUAUAUUCGAGAUCAUUAUUUGCCUAUUGUCCACAUCUGUUGCCUUUGCCUAUUACCGUCAGGUAGUGGAUCCCACGAGCCCUGCAAAUGCCUCGAGGGCACCCUCAAACCAGGCGCGAAUGGACCUUUUCCCGCCACACUAUAACCGACCUUAUGAUCCCGAAUACCAACCAGCAUACGCUCCACCGCUUGGACCACCACCCUCCGACGCCAAACCACCUGAUUACUCAUACGCGGGCGGAGAGUAUUUGGGACUUGAGAAGGAUGACAAGAAGCAGGACGACCCCUUUUCAGACUAUGAAGGACCUAGUGUACCCCGACCGCUACACUUUGCCGAGGAUCGAGGAUAGGGAUGUGACGAGUGCUUGAUGCAUAUAUCCAGCUAUUUGUAGGUCAUUUUUGACAUCUUACAGUACUAGUGUAACGUUGUAUGCUUUGAUUUCGAUCCAUUCUCCCAUGUAAUAUCACCUGAGGGUCAUUGACUAUGCCUCUUGCACGACACAGCGCAUUCAAAGAACUGCAUGCUGGCCUUGGUCUGGAUUUUGGUGGGGAGGUUCUACAUGGGUGCGAUAAACAAAAUAGAAAAAUGCAUGAGGAUCCAUCUCUACAUAUUAUAAGGACGGAGCGAUUGGCAAUAUGGUGUCGACGCCAUGUGCGAGCUGCACUUUGCCUGAUUUGUAUAUGCUUACAUGUGAA